AUGGCUGCUGUGCAACAAUUUGGUUGUUACGGAGAUCGAUUGCGUUCGCGAAUUGUUUCCCGAGGUAACAUAUCAAAAUGUUCUCAUAAUAACCAUUCUAAUCAUACGAAUUCGGAUGAUGUUUGUGCAUCAUGUCAUCAACGCAUUAGACCGAAUAAUGACGAUGCAUUUCAGGCGACUUUAGAAAAAUUGUUUCCUGACGUUUACGAGUUAGAAGAAUUUGUUUUUCUAACGAAACAAACUUUAGUUCCAAAAGAUUUCUAUCCACAUGUGAAUACCUUGGUUUGCGUUGGUUUAUGUCGAGAUGAAAUCACCAGUUCAUUUGAAGAAGAAAUAGAAGCCAUGUGGGGACAAGGAUUUAUCUGUGGAUGUCUUGGUGGGAUGUUGUUUUGUGGUAACACUGGUUUCGCUGCUGCACAUCAUCAUGCGCCUGACGAUGGUCGUUUUAUCUAUUAUUGCUUUACACAUAUUGCUAUCGAUCACGAAGGAUGCGUCGGUUCUGUUUAUAGAACUCGUAGUGGUAUGAGUGGCAAAACAACAGCAUGCGGAGCACUUGCUGCGUUUACUUCUGAAAUUGCUUCAGGCAAAUUAGAUCUGACGUUCGAUGAGAAUGACAUGGAAAUGAGUAUGUUGAAAAAACAUAUUCUGAAAAAAACUUCUCUUUCAUCUGAUGCGAAAAAUGCACCAGAUUUAUUUCAAGUAACAAUGGCUGCUUAUGAGACGAUUACCAUUGAUUUAGAACUACAUGCCAAACAUGAUGCAGAGCACUUUCCCGACCGGCGGUAUGCUCUAUUUACUGGUGUUCAAAUUCAUGGGCCCAAUGGGAAAGAUUACUGUUGGUUGGGCAAAGCGAGUCUGUUGAGUGGCGGUGUAUUAGCAUCGUUAAGCCUGUCAUCUUAA